GGCCUUCCAAAAUUCCUCACUACUCUCUAGUCUACCCCAAUUUCUGCAAGCUCAGCACUCAACGCGAUUUCCCUUCUAGUGUCUUUGAUCAAGAUGAUGGCCGCUUCUCUCAGUUUACCGCCGUGGGCAGUGGGGCCAGAGGAUCUCCCGUCGCAACCAAAAUCCAAAGUGUUGGAGAUCUUGGAUUCUGCUCUCGCCAUCGCCGCCCUCCAUUGGCCCGACGAGCUCUCCGCCCGCCAAACCCACAUCCUCCACAACCUGGACAAGGCUUUACAGCAGCACCAAGCCUCUACAAUCCCCAAGAAGAGGAAGACGGUCCGGAACCCUAAGCCGCCAUCAAGCAACAACAUUACCAUCACUGUCGACCUUCGCCGCUCCCCCAACACAGCAAAGGAAGAUGUCGUCGUUUCCAAGCCGCUACCGACAGCAGCAGCGAAGGAUGAUGAUGCGGCGUCGUACGAGCGGAAGUUGGAGAUGAGCAAAAGGAAGUUGGAGAAAGGAUACGCGGCGCACGAGGAGGCCAGGAACAGGAAGCGCUCCAAGGUCAUUGACUUUCACUUGCCCCCCGGACCCACCACCAAGAAGAUGAGCCCGAGCCCGGCUGAAGAAGCAACUGCAACGGCGACACGGGUGGUGGCCAAGAGUACUAAGGCCAAACCAAAGCCGCCGCAGUGGUGGACCCGCCUGAAGAACGAGCGCGACGACGCUCGCAUCCGUAGUUUGGUACAUUCCGAGAUUCGGGAGCAACAACAACGACAUCGUAGGAGCCAACUGUCGCUCUGUAGCUAGGGCUAUUAAUUUGUUUGUUCCUUAAUAAUCCUCCUAGGGCUGUAGUUAUUUUCUGCUCGAUCGCGUCAUGUUCUAAUCUCUGGAAUUCAGAACUCGGGACGAUAUAUAAGUGCUCUGUAACUUUGUUUGGUGCUCUAUAUAUUAAUAACACUCAUUUAAUUUUGUACAGCAAGUUACUGGGAUUGUAAUUCUUGCUUUUAUUAUUUUAUCCUUAUUUUAUCUGAUGCAAGCGACUAUGCUUAAUGGUGCUAGUUUCAACCCCUCCCAAUAUACCAAUUAAAAUAUU